GAGCAGGCUUGUACAUAAGUUUCCGUUUCCGACGUUUCACUGAAAACUUCCGUCGGUCUUUAACGCGGCCACGAUGGAUAUGGAAUACCUUGACGAUGAUGACGUCAUGUCGGACUACGAUGACGACGAUAACGAUCAGCUGGCGGAUUCCGACGAGGACGAGCUAGACAAAGACGAGGAACGAAUUCAGAAUCCGUCAACAAUUCGCAACCCGGACGGAACUUACCGCUGCCCGUUCUGCCCCGGGCAGAAGAAACAAGAUUAUAGAUUCAACGAAGUCACGAAGCAUGCAGAGGAUCAGGCGAAGGGGUCGUCGAGGAAAGGACCCAAGGAGCGCAGGAGGCACCAGAUGCUGCUGCAGCGGCUGAUGCGGGAGGAUCUGCAGCCUGACAAGCCCGUCCGCGUUAUAAAAGUUGAACCUCGCGAAACACCAAAGAUUGUGGAGGACCGCAUCCUCUGGCCGCCUGUGGCCAUAGUGAAGAACCUGCAGACGGGUCUCACAUAUGAUGCGAACCAGAAGAAAGAGAUUCUGGGCGGCGUCACUCGCGAGCAGAUUGAGAGCACGUUCAAGAGCUAUGGGCCCCGAAAAGUGGAGGUGCUUUAUAACUACAAGGGCCACACGGGGACGGCGCUGAUUCACUUUGAAGAGAACGCCAAGGGCUGGGAGGCGGCUUCGAAGCUGGACAAGACCUAUGCGCAGAGCGAGUUGGGGCGAGAGGGGUAUCUGAAGGGGAGGGGACGGGAGAAGGACGAGUGGUUCGCAUGGGCGGCCAGAGAGAGGGACCUGGAGGCGGAGGGCAAAAAGGGGCCCAUUGGGAGUGCGCUGCACAGGAAACACAAGGGAACGAAGAGCCUGGCGGAGGUGUUGGAGCAGCAAGACGCAGUGAAACGGCAGCAGGAGCGGGAGGAGAAGCGCGUGCAGGAGCGGGCUUUCAUGCGCCUCUCUGAAAAGCUGCAACGCACGGAGGACAAGCUUAAAGAGAUGGAGAAUUCGGCCAUGGCCUUAAGGAGGAAACACGAGGAAGAGUUAGCGGAGGCACACGAGCGCACUCGAGCGAUGAUGGAGAGGAGGAUGAGGAAUCGAAUGAGGGAGGUGGAGCGAAUGGAGAGGGAAAUGGAGGCGCUGCAGCGCCAGCUGGUGGCGAGGAGCGCUAACGAGCAGGAGACGAAGCGGCGGCUGGACGAGUUGACAAGGCAGUUGAGCCAGCAGGAGCAGCAGGGGGAGCUGCAGCAGCAGCAGGCACAGAGGCGAGCGCGGGAAAUGGAGGAGCUGGAGGCGAAAUUCCAGCGGGUGCGGCUGACAUUCGAAGAGAAGCACCGCAUCGAAGUGGAGAUGGAGGAGGCGAAGGGCAGGCAGGGCGGCGAGGGGGGAGGCGAGGCGUCGAAGGAGGCAGAGGAGAGGAUGAGGCAGUUGGAGGAGGAGCUGGAGGGCGCGAAGGACAUGCUGGAUAUGGAGCAAGAGCGGUUCUCCCGGCUGUCCGUGGAUGCGAGGGUGCGCGAUGACGAUGUGUCGCACGCCAGGGCAACAGCCAUGGAGUUCCUGGUAACCCAAGUGAAGCACCUAAAGAAGAUCAGGCUCCCGGCAAUAGUCGACCUGGUGAACUCGCCUCCAGUGCACGUGCAAACCGUGGGGCUGCUGAGCAAGCGAGUGUGGCUCAAGGCGUACAAGGAGAGCAACGAGUGCAGCGAUGACAGGAACCCCAACUGGCAGGCGGAUUUCACCAUGAAGUUUUCAGACUGGGAGGACACCCUCAAGUCUCAUGACUAUUCCUUUUUCCGAGUUGUGGAAACAGUGAAGGGGGCAAAGUGGGUGUUCAACGAUGCGGACGAGCAAGUGGCGGAGGCUAUGGGGAAGAUCAGAAAAGACUUUGGGGCAGCAGGAGUGGCGGAUUUCAAGCGGGCAGCAGCAGAGAUCGAAGAGUACAACGCCAGUGGGCGCUACCCAGUUCGCCUGCUGGUGAGUGCCGAGGGGAACCCAGAGGGGGGUGCUGGAGAAGAGGAGAAUGGUGGAGAAGGGACCAAUGGUGGAGCAGCCACAGAGGGAGCAGCAGGAGCAACUGGAGGAGGAGCAACAGGAGGGGCGGCAGGCGGGGCGGCAGGGGGAGCAUCAGGUGAUGCAGCAGCUGGUGCAAAAGAGGCAGGGGGUGGGGAGGAAGUGAGCGGGGUGAAGCAGGUAGCGAAGAUGGCGUCAGUGGUGGGGUAUCUGGUGGGUCUGCUCAACGUCUUCAUUGCUGCUGCGCCAAAGGCAGAGCCAGGGGAGGGCAGGAAGAAGCGGCGGGUGGAGAAUGGGGCAGGGGCAGGGGGAGGAGGAGGGGCAGGAGGGGAGUUAGGAGAGGAUAGUGCGACAGGGGGUGGAAGGGGAGAGAGCAGUGCAGUGGGAGGGAGAGGGGUGGAAGGGGGGGCGAGGGGAGGAAGAGGGGAGGAGAGCAGUGCUGGCAGCAGGAGGGGAACUGGCAGAGGCAGUGGCACGGGCAGGGGCAGACCAAGGGGGCGAGGGCGGGGGUAGAAGUGGAGGGAGCGGCAAAGGGGAUGGGACAUAGAGGGGAGAAGCUCACUGGUGGCAGCAGGGACGGAACUGGCAACUGCAGUUGCUGGGGUAGCGGCAGUGGCAGGGGUGUGGCAGUGGCAGGGGCAGCAGGGUUGUUCAUGCAACCCUGCUCACGCCGGGCUGGCAUCCUGCUCGUCUAAGCAAGUGUUCAUAAUAUUCUCUUCCACCUAUCCUACUGAUUGUUUGCUAUUACAAACAGUUACGAAGCAUUCAGGCAUUGCAAUCAGGGUUUCCAGCUAGGAUUUUGGCCUGUCUGAGAAUCAGACGGGGUUUCAAAGUUUGGUCUGACCAACAUAUGAAAAAAAUCGACUUGUCUGCCAUUUCAGAUGAAAUUUAGGUACUAUGGUGUGAAUGAUAGAUACAUGUCAUCUACACAAUUUCUACGAGAACUACUGCUAUCGGUACUGCUGCAACUGGUG